UUUGGCGCAAGGCCCGUUUCGGCUCAAAUCUAGGUUAGCAGCACGGUUACACCCUUCUGUUGCUGUAGCGCCACCCCCGCUAGGUAUCGUAAACUAUUUGGAACCAUCGGCAUUCACAAUAGUAAUCCCGCGUUUUCCAGACCAUUAUCUUCCAUAUCGAAGUAACGCACGCCGUAAUUGGCAGGAGGUAUCGAAAAUCCACAAUGUCCUCAGUCACGUCGACUGGGGCCACGCGUUCGCCUGUGCGCAGGUCGUGUAGCUUGUUUGGCAUAGCCACCAUUUCUUGCUCCAUGGGUUUCCUCAUUCCGGUCAGUGCUGCGCUGAGUACGCCGACCAAAGAUGCGACAAGUGUUGCACCCGUUGGCCUGAUCAGCUUGCGCCGCGAAUCUGUGCCGGUGCAGCGGAAGGGCCAGGUAGUGGCUUUCAAGACGUCGUACUCUGGGACCAUACACGUAGGCUCGCCAGAGCCACAAGAGUUCAGGGUCGUCUUCGACACCGGGUCCGGCCAUGUCGUCUUGCCGUCCGUAAAGUGCUCCAGCGCCGUGUGCCUCCAGCACCGGCGGUUCGACGCAACCGCCUCGGCAUCGUCUGCCGUAGUCAACACGGACGGAUCUCUCGUCUCCGAGGGUGCGGAGGGCGACCGCGUCACCAUAGGGUACGGCACCGGCAAGGUCACGGGCGAGCUGGUGCGCGAGCGCGUGUGCCUCGGGCCUGCGGCCCAGACGCUGCCCCGCGGGGAGGCCAAUUCGUCCGGGCCGGCCGUGGACGUGGCCCGCGCCGCCACCACGUGCGCGACGGUUCACACGGUGGCUGCCACCGAGCUGUCUGCGAACCCGUUCUCCCUGUUCUCCUUCGAUGGGAUCGUCGGCUUGGGCCUUCGGGACCUGUCGUUGAGCAGGGAGUUCAAUUUCCUGGAUCUCCUCGGCAGGUCCGGAGGGGCAGCGUCGUCCUCUUUCGGGAUCUUCCUGAGCGAGGGCCACGACGGGGAGGAGAGCGAGCUGGCCGUCGGUGGCCACAACCCGGAGCGACUCUUGUCCCCGCUGACGUGGUCUCCAGCUAUCAGGCCAGAACUUGGAUACUGGCAGGUGCAGGUCAAGGCCGUCCACAUAGGGGACCACUUCACGCUGCCGCUCUGCCAGGACACGGGAGACGGCAGCUGCAGAGGCGUGAUAGACACCGGCACGUCCCACCUGGGAGUGCCCGCCCCGCACCUCAAGACCCUGCAGGAGAUGCUCACCGUCGCCGUCACCGACACGCAGGACCGACUGUCGGGGUGCAGAGGCGCCAGACAUCAAGAUCGAGCUGCCAGGGUUCAAUCUCACCCUCACGCCCGACGACUACAUGAGGCGGCUGCCCCUGCGCGAGGACGUGGGCGUGGGCUCCUGGCGGGGCAUGGCGGAUCAGCUGCUGAGCCGGGUGGGACUGGGCUGGGCAGGUUCGCAGCCCAGCGGGGGCGAGUUCGCUCAGCACUGCCGGCCCAGGCUCAUGCCCGUCCGCUUGCCGGAGCCCAUCGGGCCCAACGUCUUCAUCCUCGGCGAGCCCGUGCUCCACCACUACUACACCGUCUUCGACUGGGCCGCUCCGCGCAUCGGCUUCGGCCUCGCCAACUCGAGGCGGCAGGCGGCGGCGCUCCGCGGCGGCGGCGGCGAGGCGGCGGGCGGCGCGCCCCUCUCGCAGUGAGGCCCUCGCCUUCGGCAGCAGCUCGCGGGGACCUCGUUCGGCAACGCGCAGACUGCCACCGAACUUGCCCUCGCCCAGCGGCCGAGGAGCGCGCAGCACCUCGCUCGCCACUGGCCCCUCCCCACGGGCCGUUCGGAGGGAACCGACCGUUGGGCGCUGAGGAGGUCAAGGGUGGAGCGUUCUUUCCUCGUCCCUCCUCUUCGGGGGGCUGGCGCAAACCCAAUCUACAAUCAACGCCUUCCUACUCCAUGCUCCUGUCGACUUCCCCCUGCCAAUGGGUACCCGAUCGCUCUCCCUCACCAGGGGCUCCCGCCCAGCCGUGCAGAAGACCGGCAGGGGGGGGGAUCGAGAGGGCGCGGGCGCCAUGCCGACAGAGCGGCACCGCCAUUGGCAGUUGGUUCGGGGCGCCUCGCUCGCGCCUGCGGCAUCAGCUGCCGGGCUGCAGAAGCGUCUCUCAGCAGGGACCCGUGGCGCGAAGACACCGGGAGCCUUGCGCGGGAGCUCCUCUCAAAAGGUGUGUCGCUCCCUUGGGCGCCCACUGCCAGUCGGGCGGGCUGAUCUGGGCUACUCCGCCCACCCCCUCUGCUGCGAAGGCACGUGUGCCUUGCACUCCUCCGCCGCUUCGGAUUCUGCCGGUCCUCGCCUGACGCGCCAGAACUUGCAGGAUCGCAUCGGGGAUGCGCUCAGCUUGCAGCCUGGCCCACCGCAAGGCCUGGCAAGCACAAUAAUAAUUAGCUGAAGCACUUCCGGCAGCAGCGGGGGCAGUGCAAUUCAAGGCCAGACGCCUGUUUGGUGGGCUUGGCCAUCAUCUGGGGGUGGGCUCGGCCAUCGCCCUGGGCUCUCACAAGCUUGCCCAAAGGGCAACCCUGCCCGCCGAGGUCCCGUCCUGGUGGGUGGUCAGGCAGUGGCCUGCUGUCCCCCGGAUGGCGCCCUGUCGGAGUGCGGCAGGGGAGGGCUCAUCGACGCUGCUGCGCCGGCCGCUGGAGCUCGCGGAGAGCGGACGCCGCGACGAGCCGCGGGCCGCGCCACUGUCCAGAAGCCGAGCCGAC